UGUUCCGCCUAUUAUCCUGUAGUGUUCCACCAAGUCCCCUGUAGUGUUCCGCCUACUAUCCUGUAGUGUUCCACCAAGUGCCUUGUAGUGUUCCGCCUACUAUCCUGUAGUGUUCCGCCUACUAUCCUGUAGUGUUCCGCCUAGUAUUCCAAAAUAAGAGAUCUCGAAAAUUACACUCCUCAACACUGAAAUUGCAACACCAUGAAGAUUUCAAAAUCUCCUUGUCUGAUCACGCUUAGCUGAUGAAAUGUGUGAUCUGCAACGAUGUAACAUCUGCUUUCGGCAGCCUGGCAGGGAAACCUCACGAUCUGCGAUAUCAAGCUGUGGUCAUGUCUUCUGUGAACGCUGCCUGCAGAAGGGAAGAAAAGGAGAAUGUGGUGUGUGCAAGGUUCCUUGCCGCACAAUAUUUCUUACAGAUGAGACUGAUCCUGAAAUAAAAAUGCUAUUUAUGGAUAUAAAUGUGCUUUGCAAAACGUUUUCAAGUGAGCUGACACAAGUUAUAGAAUUUCAAGAGAGUCAUAGGCAUCGAAUACUAGCACAUUACAAAAGAAAAAUAGCAAAGUUAGAAGAAACAAUUAAGGAACUUAUUCAACAAUUACAAAGUUUAAGAGCUUCUCCAUCUUACAGUCGACUGUCAGCAUGUAAUACAUUAAGGAAUAUGGACUCAAUACAUUCCGACAAGUAUUCUCCAUCUUUAUCACAAGUGUCCAGUACCAGGAAGUAUGAUGUGCCAAGGUCUCAAACACAGACCUCAAAUACGGUUCAGUCAAUGGACAUCACUUCUAAUGCACCCAGAAAGAAUUUCACCAUAGCUGGUCCAAAUAGAUUGUCAUUGAUAAGUCCCCCUUCAAGCGGGCUCACAGGUUCCUAUAGAAACAAUCCUAAAGGGGGAUCCGUAAGAUCAGUUGUUGGAUCUUCACAGAGCAAUGUUUUCCGCCCAUUUUCACAGUCUAUAUCACCAAUAAACCCUGCAAGUAUCUGGCACUCAUCUAGUCAGAGAUCUCCACAGGUGUUACCACAGACACCUUUGUCAUCACAGCCACCCAGUGCCAGGCAGCCAAUUACUCUUGCCAACAUUUUGCAGCGUCGUCAUUAACAAGUAAUAUAAAAUAAAACAUUUUAACUUUAUU